AUGACUGCUAUCGAGAGCUUCGAUAACAUCUACUUGGACCUCUCCAAGGAGAGCGGAAAGUGCAGAUUCGCAGAGACCGGUUUCGGAUGGAAGCCCGUGGGCGGCGGCGAUACCUUCACCCUCGAUCAUAACAACAUUGCCUCUGCGCAAUGGAGUCGCGCCGCCAAGGGCUAUGAGAUCAAGAUCGUACAGCGCGCCAAGUCCGGCAUAAUCCAGCUCGAUGGCUUCCAACAAGAAGAUUACGAUCGCCUUGCCAAGGUGUUCAAGAACUGGUACAGCACUGCUCUUGAGAGCAAGGAACACGCUCUGCGAGGCUGGAACUGGGGCAAGGCCGAAUUUUCAAAGUCCGAACUCACAUUCAGCGUCCAAAACCGGCCCGCAUUCGAAUUAGCCUACUCGGAAAUUGGAAACACCAACCUCGCUGGCCGCAAUGAGGUGGCAGUAGAGAUGGCACUCCCUGAUACGGGCGCUAAUGCCCAGCUCGGUGGUGCCAGGUCGAAGGGAUCCAAGGCUGCCGCUGGCCGAGACCAGCUUGUCGAGAUGCGAUUCUACAUUCCUGGUGUUACGACUCGCAAGGAGGCUGAAGGAGAGGACGCAGGCAGUGAUGCCGGUAACGACGAGCAGGAAAAGAAUGCCGCUACUCUGUUUUAUGAGACUUUGAUUGAUAAGGCUGAGAUUGGCGAGACUGCUGGUGAUACUAUCGCCACUUUCCUGGAUGUCCUACAUCUCACGCCCAGAGGCCGUUUCGAUAUCGACAUGUACGAAGCCUCUUUCCGACUCCGAGGCAAAACCUACGACUACAAGAUUCAAUACGAGGCUAUCAAGAAGUUUAUGGUACUACCAAAGCCUGAUGAGGUGCACUACAUGCUUGUCAUGGGUCUGGACCCGCCCCUGCGUCAAGGUCAAACACGAUAUCCCUUCGUUGUGAUGCAGUUUAAGAAGGACGAGGAAGUCACUAUUGACCUCAACUUGAACGAGGACGAGCUUAAGAGCAAGUACCAAGAAAAGCUGGAACCUCAUUACGAGGAACCCCUCCACCAAGUUGUCGCCAAGAUCUUCCGUGGUCUGGGUAACAGGAAGAUUUCAUCCCCUGCCAAGGACUUCAUCACACACCGCAGCCAAUAUGGCAUCAAGUGCUCUAUUAAGGCAAGCGAGGGUUUCCUCUACUGUCUGGAGAAGGCAUUCAUGUUUGUGCCCAAGCCCGCUGUCUACAUCGCCUACGAACAGACACAAUCGGUUACUUUCUCGCGUGUCAGCGGAGCUGUAUCAGCACUGUCGACAUUUGACAUCACAGUUCUUCUAAAGAAUGGUGCCGGCUCGUCCCAGUUCAGCAAUAUCAGCCGUGAGGACCUCAAGGCCCUCGAAAGCUUCUUCAAGCUCAAGGGUCUGCGGGUCAAGAACGAGAUUGACGAGGAUGCCAACCUCCUUGCUGCCGCCCUCGAUCAGCAGAUGGAUGACUCCGAGGACGAAGUUGCCGCCAAGGCUGACCGAGGCUCCGCUGACGAGGAUGAGGAGAGCGUGGACGAGGACUUCCGAACUGAUAGCGAAAGCGAUGUAGCGGAGGAGUACGACAGCGCCCACGAGAGCUCUGGCUCAGGCAGUGACGAGAGCAACGUGGAUGAAGAUGAAGAACGUGAUGAUGACGAUGAGGACGCGGAAGAGGAGCGUCCUAAGAAGAAGAAGAAGACAGGCUAA